AUGGAUCAGCUUCUCGACGUUGAGACAUUGAAGAAGCUCUCACCUGAACAGCAGGAGCAGGUCAUCGCUGGUGUCAAACAACAGGCCGCCCUUUCGAACGCCCAAAAUCUUGUUACCGACAUUUCGGAGAAAUGCACUAAUAAAUGCAUCACCAGUCCAGGCACAUCGCUUUCGAACGGUGAGAAGCAAUGUCUUCAGAGAUGCAUGGAUCGCUUUAUGGAAUCAUGGAACUUGGUCUCGCAAACCUUGCAAAAGAGACUUCAAGAAGAGAUGGCUUCCGCUGGAAUGGGGCACUUCGGAGGUCACGGCGGACCAAGUUUCUCGUGA